AUGUCAUCAGGGCCGCAAAUUUUACGAAUUAAGCGAAAAAGGACGGACGAUCCGUUGCAGGCGCUGCUCGUGGAGAAUCGUGGCUCGAAACGGUCGAAGUCAGCGAACUACGUGUUCAAACUGGCCAGAACAGACGAGACAAACAACGACGUUGACGGGUCCAAGAUUCUAGAACGAGACGAAUCGAGCACGGGCAGGAAAGUGUUCAGCAUUCCAAAAAAAGACGACGAAAUUGAUCCCCAGCUGAUGGAAAUGUUGCAGGACUAUCUUCGAACCAGCGACGUUAAGGAGGAACACCACAAGCCUCCGAAAAGACGAAUGUCGAACGCCUCUGCAGAAGUGGAAAGACCGCCAAUUUCCGUCCCGGAGGAUGACGACUACGUCUACGAUGUUUAUUAUCGUGACAAGGCAGUGACAGAGCAAUGGGAGAAGGACAAGAUAGGGUACAUUCAAUUUGACGAAGACGAUAUGGAGACGAUUGACGAGCAGGAGGAGGCUGCGGAACAGACCGACGAUGAAGACUCGAACGACGAGAACUUUUACCGAAACGACUAUCCCGAGGACGAGGACGGAGGAUACGAGGACAGUGAGUUUGGAACACCGAGCGACGACCAGGACGACGAGUUCGACAUCCUGCACGACCGGCGCCGGUUUAGUGUGCAGGAUGUGAGGGAGACAGAAGGUUUGACAGAGGAGGAGGUGGAAGAACUGUACAAUAGGUUUGACGAGAGCGUGCUAGAGGACUAA